AUGUCAUCUAAAUCAAGAAAGACGGCUCUCUCAUACCUUGAAGCCUUCAAGACGCUCUCGCCGGACAUAUUUCUCGCCUUUUUAGCGCCGACCGCCAUCCACAGAUUCGCUCCAGCUUCCCUCUCCCCACCCGAACCUAUGAGCCCAAAGGCAUUCGCCAGUCAUCUGGACAAACUACAAGAUGUCCUCGCAGAGUUUCCUGUUUUUCCCAAGGAAAUUUUUGACAAUGAGGAAAAAGGCCAGGUGACCAUCUGGGCUACCAGCCGAGCAAAAUUCAAGGAGGAAUGUAAAGACGAUGGCUUGACUGAAGAAGAGUGGGCUUAUGAAGGCGAAUAUAUUUUUAUGUUUACUUUAGAUGAAAGCAAGGAGAGGAUUGUGGAUAUUGUUGAGUUUUUGGAUAGUAGAGGAACGGAGAGACUGAGAGGGUUAAUGGUUCGGGCGCGCAAGAAUCUGCAGGUGAAGAGAGACUAG